AUGUCCCUACUCUCCCACGUACCCGACACGGCGGUACUCGUCUCGGCGGCCCUGGCUGCCCUGCUCGCCUAUGUCGUGGCCGCCCUGACGUACAACAUCUACCUGCACCCACUCGCCAGCUUCCCCGGUCCGCCUCUAGCUGGCGCCACCGUCUACUGGAAGGCCUACGUCGAAUGCAUCGCAAACCGAUCUUUUUGCCACUACCUAGUCGACCUGCAUGCUCGCUACGGCAACGUCGUUCGUGUCGGCCCCAAUGAGCUCCACUUUGCCAACCCCCAAGCCUACCAUGACAUCUACAACAACAAGAACCGCUGGGACAAGGAAUCCCGUCUCUACAAGAGCUUCAACGAGGACAGGUCUAGCUUUGGCUUCCUCACCUAUGCCGAGGCCAAGGACCGCAAGCACGUUCUAAACCCCUCCUUCUCUCAAGCCGCCAUUCGCAGUGCAGAGAGCCUAUGUGUCGACAAGAUCAAAGCUCUGUGUGCCGCCUUUGAGCGCCAAGCCAGAGCUUCCAAGCCCACUGACCUCUUCUACGCUUUCCGCUGCAUGAGUGUCGAUGUCAUCACCACUCUAUGCUUUGGCAAUCCCAUUCAUGCCGUCGAUGCCCCAGACUUCAACGCGCCCAUUGUAGUAGCCCUCGACGCGUCAACUCCCGUAGCCCUUUACUUCAAGUAUUCUGAUCUCUUCAAAAACUUCAUUUUGAAAUGUCCUCCGAAGAUAUCCAGGAUUCUCAGCCCCUUGACGGCGGGCUUGAUCGACCUCAACCAGCUACUCCUGCAGCAGAUCGACGACCUAACCAAUGAUCCGGAAAAACUCAAACUUCUUCCGCACAACAUGACCAUCUUCCACCGUUUAAUGGACCCCGAAGCCCAUCGUGACAAAAAGGUUCCCUCUGCCGAUAGUUUAUAUGAGGAGACGCAAGCACUCAUGUUUGGUGGUGCAGAUACGACCGGAAAUACUCUCAUGGUUGGCUCUUUCCAUUUGCUAAAGGACUCCACUAAAUUGCAAAAACUUAAGACGGAACUUCUGGAACAUUGGCCUUCUCUCCAGGAUGGUGAGCCUAAGCUAAAAGACUUAGAAGACUUGCCAUACCUGAAUGCCGUCAUCAAGGAAUCGCUGAGGCUCUCGUCCGGCGUUACUGCUGGCCUACUGCGGGUGGUACCUGCAACUGGCGCAACCAUAGCGGGAAAGGUCGUGCCACCAGGCACUAUUGUGUCAUGUGGUAGCACCUUUGUCCAUUACAAUGCAGACAUAUUCCCCGAACCAGACAAGUUUGUUCCUGAACGCUGGCUUGAGACACCCGAGCUGGACAACUGGCUGGUCGCUUUCUCGCGUGGUCCGCGAAUGUGCUUGGGUAUCAACCUUGCAUGGGCCGAACUGCGCCUAACAUUCGCCCACGUCUUUCGCAAGUUCGAAAUGACUGUCCCAAAGCAACUCCCAGAAACGCUCCUAUGGCGGGAUGUCUUUUUGCCAUAUUACUAUGGCGAACACUUACAGGUCAAUAUGCGCCCCGUAGACGCGUAG